CACUACAGUCGAGAGAUUAGGCAGUCACGCUUCGGGAUACUUCGGACUGCGCCGUGUGGGUCCGCGUGACGCGUCGUAUCGCCACCGGGUAUAUAGAGAGGAGUCGCGCACAGGCGGGGUUUGCUCCAGUCCCUCCGCGACCGUUCUGUGAGCGUUCGCGCGCGCGUGCGAACCCGAUCGACUAGAGCUGCCGUUCCGUCCGAGCGUCGAAGUCUCCGUUCGGCGUCGCACCAUGCGGUGGUUGGCGUUGCUGUUGCCGUUCCUCUGCGUCGCCGCGGCGCAGAGGCCCGAGCUGAACGAGUUCAAGGAGGUGUACAUGUGGAACCAGUUCGACUUCAAGUGGCCGGACGACUCGGCGCGGCUGCGCGCGCUGUCGGACGCGCGCUUCCAGCCCGUCAACUGCGCGCUGUCGGGCAUCCGCGCGUGGCGCGACCGGCUGUACGUGACGGUGCCGCGGCUGCUGCCGGGCGUGCCGGCCACGCUCGCCUCGCUGCCGGCCGCCGCGCCGCCGGGCGCCUACUCGCCGCCGCUCGACCCCUUCCCGUCCUGGGACAUGCAGGCCGUCGGCAACUGCACCGCGCUGCAGUACGUGCAGAGCGUCGAGAUCGACGCCGCCGGCAGGAUGUGGGUGCCCGACUCGGGCCGCGUCAACACGCAGUCGGGCAACGCGGACGCGCGCUGCCCGCCCAAGCUGCUCGUCAUAGACGUGGAGAGCGGGCGCGUGCAGCGCACCGUCCAGUUCGAGCCCGGCCUGCUCGCCCCGGACUCGCUGCUCGCCGACGUCGUGGUCGGCGACGACGACGUGGCGUACGUGAGCGACGCGAGCCCGAGCGACCCGGGCAUCGUGGUGGUGAGCGCGCGCGACAGCCGCGCCUGGAAGGUGCGCGACCGCACCAUGCGCGCCGACAGCACCUUCGUGCAGGUGGGCCAGCGCCGCACCGAGCUGCGCCACAACGUGUUCGCGCUGGCGCUGUCGCCGCGGCCGCGCGCCGGCCCCCGCCGCCUCUUCUACUCGCCGCUCAGCAGCUACGACCUGUUCUCGCUGCCCGCGGACGCGCUGGCCGCGCCCGGCGUCGCCGUCUCGGCGCUCGUCAGGAACCACGGCCGCAUGCAGUCGCCGGUGCAGGCGGCGGCGGCCGACUGGCACGGCAACCUCUACCUGGGCUACCUGCAGCAGGACGCCGUCGCGCGCUGGGACAGUUCGCAGCCGCUGGCGCAGGCCCGCCUGCUCACGCAGGACCCGGAGCGCCUGCAGUGGAUCUCGUCGCUGGCCGUAGACGCCGACCGCAACCUCUGGGUCGUCAGCAACCGGCUGCAGAACUUCAUGGCCGGCACCGUCAACCAGCAGACGCCCAACUACCGCGUCAUCCGCGCCUUCGUCGACGCAAAGUCGUACCUGUACAGCGACGACGCGUGGACGCCGCAGCAGGGCAGCGCCUUCACCGUGCCCGGAGCAGCCGCCACCACCCGCAGCAGCACCAGUAGCUUCGUCACCACCACCACAGUGCCGCCGCACGCAGACGGCGGGGCUUCCACUCCGGCCGUCACGGUGCUACUCUACUCGUUACUGCUGUUACCGAUGCUAGUCGUUCUAGCCUGAGGUGCUCAGUAAUAACUGUGAAGUAAAAAUCACCGAGCACUCGUACUUAGUCGCGCCGCACGACGCUCGCUACAAGCGAGAACACUCUUAGAGUGUGGGACUCGACCAACAUUUUCAAAAUUCGCUGUACUUCUUUCGUGGUAACCGUAGUCUCUGUUCUUCGCAAAACUGAGACAGUGAAAUAAAUGGAAAAUUUAAUAAACGAGCCCCCUCUACUGCCAAUGGACACUUUGAAGCAUAGAUCCACGUAAAGGCUUCAUCGAGUUGUCAAAGGACCUUCAUUUCUAUGCCAGCACACUAGAAAAGCGAAUCUACAAAUUUUUCCAAUUUCUGAGUUAAACAACAUCACACUGAAGUAAAUCCGUAUCAUCGUUGACAACUGUCUGUGAUCGUACAAUAGUGUAAACAACUUGUAGGAUAGGGAAAUAUUUUUUAAACCUUUGCCUACAAAAUGCAUCGGUACAAUUCUUCUUUCAAAAUUUUGGGCACAUGACAGAUGUGAGUUGUGUAUUUUAUGGCAUAUUAUUUCGUUAUUUUCUUCAGAAAAUUCUGCAGAUGGUCUGGGAGAUGUUCUAUGUAUUUGGAUCCGAUGUCGGAUACAUUACGACAGAUAUCAGCCAAAAAUCGAACUUCUGGUUUUUUCACGUCACAAGCAGCUCCUUCCAUAAGAGACUUAACCCCUGGUGAUGGAUCUUUGCCUUGAAAUGCACAUUGGCGUAGUAAAAACGCCGUUGAUAACCCUGUAGACGGACUUUAGUACCAAGUUUUCCAUUUGAAAAAGAAGACAGGCAUUUAGCUAGCAGUGACACGUCUGUGCUGGCCACUUUUAUAUUCUACAGCGACACUUUGAGAGUGUCUAAUUUCACCAUCAAAUUGUUGAAAGAUAACAAAACCACUUUACAUUGUCAGAAGACUGGCUGUGAGGUGGAUCUGUGGAAGGAAGGAGGCUGAAUCUGUCAGUCUGUCGAAAGUGAGAGUUCACCAGCAAAAGGCAGUCAUCUGGCACGGAAUCUGUUAUCACUUGGACAGAAAAAUACCACAAAAUUAAUACAGAACAGACUUAUUUCCUCCUCCUCCACGUUACGCUGUUCAGUAACAGAAAUACUUGACAAUUAUCUUGAAUGUAACAUCAUCAGCAUAAGAAUUAAAAUGGGUUUUGGUAUUCCCAAUAGUAUUACAGGGCAGCAUUGUCCGCUGUAUCAUUCCUCCCAUUCAGCUGCCUCUUUAGCUUCAGUGCACACGUGUGCGUGUGCGUGUGUGUGUGUGUGUGUGUGUGUGUGUGAGAGAGAGAGAGAGAGAGAGAGAGAGUGUGUGUGUGUGUGUGUGUGUGUGUGUGUGUGUGUGUGCGCGUGCGCUUGGGGGCAGAUGGAUUUUUGUAGUCGGCUAACCAACAAAAUCUCAUAUGAUUCCCUCAGCUAAUGAUUGAUGACACGUCCUACAAAGGAGCUAUAAGCUUAACCAAAAUUCAUGUAGGAUAGGGAAAUAUUUUUUAAACCUUUGCCUACAAAAUGCAUCAGUACAAUUCUUCUUUGAAAAUUUUGGGCACAUGACAGAUGUGAGUUGUGUAUUUUAUGACAUAUUAUUUCGUUAUUUUCUUCAGAAAAUUCUGCAGAUGGUCUGAGUGAUGUUCUAUGUAUUUGGAAGCUAUCAGCUAAUUGUGUUAUCUGUAGAAAUACUGUGUCCACAUUGUAAAUAUGUAUUUGUGUAUGUACUGAUCCACUGAGCAAGUAAUAAUAUAGAAUUCAGAAGAACUGUGAUCCAAAUGAUAAAUGACUGGAUGUUGUGUGGUGUGUGUGAGUCUUUGUUAAAUGAAACUGUUUGCUGUUCAUGAAAUCUGUUCCACUUUCAACAAAGGGAGGCAGGCUAUAUGACAUCAGAGGUAGAAAAUCAGUCUGAACACAUCUUCUAGUUAAGCAUAUAACUUCAGAUUCUCAGCUAAAACUCGUAUCAAAUUAAACAUAUUUACAGCUUCAGUUUUGCACUCAGUUUAAUAGCAGUUUUAUCUUUUCAUUUGAGCAGUAAAAUAUUUGUCAUAGAUUGUGUUCUAUAACUGUAAUAUUAUAAAAUCUCUGACAAAUGAGGUAGCUAUAUAUUCAUAACUGCUAAGGUUUGUAUGAAAUAAACUGUGUUACUCAUUAGUGACACAUAACUUUGUGAAAUCAUUGAGCACACAUCCAGAAAUUUAAUGUUACCUAAAACUAACUCUAAACACUGUGUGUAUGUGUGUGAAACUGUUUAUAAUGUACACUUUGACCUCGUGAUAAUGGCUAUAAUAAAAUUUAUCUUCACAAUUA